AUGAUUGUGAGGGAGUGCGUGCUAAUAGUUUGCUGCGCAACAACAAUAGUUAAACAAGCAAAGCAAUUAUCCGGCGUGUGGAUUGUCGAUUAUAACUGGCUUGAGGAUUCCCUGCAGAAGAGGAGGAAGCUGGCCGAAAAAAAGUAUACGUGGGAGGUAUUGAGAAAGCAAAGGAGACUUGCUAAGACUAUGAAGAGGGUUGGCACGGUGUCUGAUACGAAGAAGUUCCGCGACGGCUGUGCUAAGGCACUGGAAGAUACUGGGACAGAUCUCUAUCAUGUGUACACGGACGUCACGGGGUUCUCUCACGAUCUUUCCUUCACACGGCACAAUCCCAUCCUCAAUACCACCGCCAAAUACGAUCUCCGGCUGUACGAGAGCAACACCAAACCACACGUCUACUGCACAUUCAUACGCUACAUACCCCCAAGCGAUGCACUCAACAAAGCCAGCACCACUAUCAACAACCCUCAAGCCCAAACAUCCUCUGAAUCCGAAGCCGCCCGUCUCCAAGCUCUCGUAAAUUCACCUACCCAAGUCCCAAACAUCUCCGAACUUCCCCAAUCACCAACCUCAGACAAACUCUACAAAACUGUCCUAAGUCCACCGAAUUCCCCCUUCGACAAAUCCUUUCAAACCUUCCGCCACGCCUUCCAAGACCUCACCCUUCUCCCUUGGGAAGAACGCUCCCCCUCCGGCACAUUUCCCCUCCUCCCUGCACCCAUCCAAAACGCAGGAAACGGAUACGCAAGAAACUCUUUCUCCCCUCCUCUCCCAGCGCUCGAAGCCCCUCUAUCCCCAAGUUCAGGCGCGAUAGGAAGCGCAAUCGCGCGCGAGGAGCACGAGCGCGCUAGACGCGAAGAAGAAGUCAAGAACCAAGAACGCGAGAGGAUGCGACUAGCGAACCGCGAGAAAGCGAGGGAACGAGAGAGACUCAGAGCGAAAGGACGAGCAGCGCUGUUCAACGGGGUCAACGGACCGCCGGUAAGAACUCCCUUAGGGAAUCCGCCUUCGUUGGCUCGGAGUUCUUCCGCUCUGCCUCCAUCGAAUCGAGCUGCGAGUUUGGCUGCGGGAGAGGAGAGGUAUGGUCGAGGGGCUUCUAUGGGGGCUUCGUCUUGGACGCCUAUGGCUUAUGGAGCUGGGUCGAGGAGUCCUGGUGCUGCUGGAGGGCUUAUGAGACCGCCGGAUGGAUUGGCGCCGAGGCUUAAUCCGGCUGUCUUCACGCAGUUUCCGAAGGUCGGGAAGAGGACCACGAAGUUUUGGGAUGAGCGGUGAAAGGGUUAGGUAUAUCUUGUCGGCUGGUCCUUUGAACGGACGAUUAGAUCGGCGGAGUGGAACUUGCUCACUCUUCUCUCUUUCUCUAGUCUUUCCCCCUGACACUUCCGUCUGGUUUAAGCCGCUAUCUUGGGUGUUUCCUUGGAAUCCUCCUUCAAGCGUCAUUUCCCUAGUCCGUCCACAUAC